GCUUGUCUACCGCUCGCCCCCCCUCUGUAUUAGUUACCCCCCUCGUUUUACUUCUACUGAUAAUAUUGGAAAUCGCUGAUACUAUAAGCACAUUACCUAUUGUGUGAAAAAAUAUGCGGCAUUUUUAAAUAAAAAAAUCAAAGCUUCUUUUUUUAACAUAAAACCUCUUUGAAAACGUUCAGUGGUCUUCGGGAAUCGAAUAAAAUGGACGGACCAUCAGGACCCAAGAAGAAACUUAAAACUUGUGCACAAGUAGCGACAAAUGUCGUUGAACAGAAGCACCAGGUGUCCAGAGCGAAGAGGAGUCGAGCCCUUGGAAGCAGGGCUUUCAGAGGCAGUACAGUAUGGUUCACAGGACUCAGUGGUGCUGGGAAGACCAGCAUAGCCUUCGCUCUUGAAGCUUACCUGGUGUCUAAAGGUAUUCCGGCGUACGGUUUGGAUGGAGAUAAUAUCAGGACAGGUUUGAACAAGAACCUCGGCUUCACCAAGGAGGAUCGUGAAGAAAACAUCAGACGAGUGGCUGAAGUCGCCAAACUCUUUGCUGACAGUGGAGUCGUUUGUUUGUGCAGUUUUGUCUCACCUUUCGCUGAGGAUCGUGAAGUAGCCCGUCGCAUCCACGUGGACUCCGACCUGCCGUUCUUUGAGGUCUUCAUCGACACUCCCUUGGAAGUGUGCGAACAGAGAGACACCAAGGGUCUCUACAAGAAGGCUCGAGAAGGAUCUAUUAAGGGCUUCACCGGUAUCACGCAAGAGUAUGAACGUCCCGAAGCCCCUGAACUCAUCGUCCAAACAGUUGGGAACUCCAUCGAGGAGUCUACUAUGCAUGUCAUUCGCCUGCUUGAAUCACAGGGCAUCAUCCCCUGUUUCGAAGACAGUCGCAAGGGUGUAGAGGAGCUGUUCAUCUACGGCAACAGACUAACUAGUGCUAUCGAAGAAGCUGCUAGACUGCCAAACAUCGAACUUAACACACUCGACCUGCAAUGGGUACAGGUGCUAUCUGAAGGAUGGGCGUACCCACUCAAAGGGUUCAUGAGGGAACAUGAAUAUUUACAAGCUUUACAUUCCAACUGCCUAACUCUCGCUGACGGCUCAGUAGUCAACCAAUCAGUGCCAGUAGUUCUACCAGUGGACACUGAAGCCAAGGACCGUCUUACCGGUGCCAAUGCCAUCGCCCUCACUUACAAUGGCAAGGCCGUGGCCGUACUCCGGUCUCCUGAGUUCUACCCACAUAGGAAAGAGGAGAGGUGCUGCCGACAGUUCGGUAUUUACCAUACUGAACACCCUUAUAUCAAGAUGAUCAAAGAGGCCGGAGAUUGGUUGGUGGGCGGUAACUUGGAAGUGUUUGAGCGUAUCCGCUGGAACGAUGGUCUGGACUCCUACCGGCUAACUCCUAACGAACUGAGACAGAAGUUCAAGGAACUUGAAGCUGACGCUGUAUUCGCUUUCCAGCUACGUAACCCCAUCCACAAUGGCCACGCGCUAUUGAUGCAAGACACGCAGCGUCAGCUCGUGGAGCGCGGCUUCCAGAAACCUGUGCUGCUAUUGCAUCCUCUUGGUGGUUGGACAAAGGACGACGAUGUUCCCCUAGACGUGAGGAUCAACCAGCACAAGGCCGUGCUCAACGAGGGAGUACUGGACCCACAGUCCACCGUACUCGCCAUCUUCCCCUCACCCAUGAUGUAUGCUGGACCUACUGAGGUCCAAUGGCACGCCAAAUGCCGUAUGAACGCGGGCGCCAACCACUACAUAGUGGGGCGCGACCCGGCCGGCCUGCCGCACCCGGCCGGCGGCGGCGACCUCUACGACCCGCGACACGGAGCCAUGGUACUCAAGAUGGCGCCCGGGCUUAAUGAACUUGAGAUCAUUCCGUUCCGCGUGGCUGCGUACGACACGUCUGUCGGCAAGAUGGCGUUCUUCGACCCCACUCGCAAGGAAGAUUUUGACUUCAUCUCUGGAACUAGGAUGCGAGGUCUUGCCAAAACCGGCAAGGAGCCGCCAAAGGGUUUCAUGGCACCGGCAGCAUGGAAGGUGCUCUCCGAAUACUACCAGUCACUGAAAUCCAAAAUGGACACCAACUAAAUCCACAACGAGCAGCUAAUAAGUAAAGUUAAUAUAAGUAUUAUUUUACUGUCACAAUUAUAAAGGCCUCAAACGUAACGCUAGAUUUUAUAGACAAGUAAGAUAUUCUGCUUUUAUUUUUAAAAUGAGUUAUAUAUGUAAAAAUUAAUAAUAAUUAUGGUCAUUUGUAUUUAGGUCUUUGGUCCUUAUAACUGGCGAAAACUAAGUGUAUGUUAGUACACGUCUGUUUGCCUUGUCAUAGAUUUACUAUUUAAUUGUCACAGAAUACAACAAUAAUUUUGGAAAUGUGAAAUAGCGUCAAUAACUAGUUUCCGUCCACUACUGGACGUAUAUUCGUUUAUACGCCGCCAGAACUAGACCAGAAUACAUAUCUAUUUCACUGAAAUGUAGCAAAAUUGUUAUCUUGGUUUUUUGUUUUCAUUAUCGAGACCUAAAGUAUUUUAAACUGGAGGAGUCAUACUCAGAGACAUUUAAUGAUUACUUAAACUAUUACUUAGUAACAAUUUUGUUCUGAAAACAAUUACUAAGGACUGGGUUAAGUUAUCAUUAUACGACUCUGAGUAUGGCAGUUAGGUUCGAUCCUAAGUUCAGCCAAAACACUACUGAUAAAUUCGUUUUUCUGCUGACAAUGUCUGAUAUAUGUGUUCUUUGACCAUAAUAGUCUACUCCUAAUAUUAAAAUCCUUUCUACUACUGAUGAAAUCAAUAUAGUACGAGUAUUUUAUAAGUUAGAAUAUAAUUCUUUAUUAUAAAAGUGAGAUUUAUGAUUAAAACUAAAAUUAACCCGUCGCAGAUCCGCGGGAGACACAAUGUAUUUUCUAUUGUUGUCUUAUAUACGGCAUACAAAAGGUUAAUGAUUCUUUGGGGCAAAACGUACAUUUUAUUUAAAAUCUACUUUGACAUAGAGUUGUAUUUAUUUCUCUAUUUUUUACCCACCCGUAUGGAGAUAACACUCUUUCUUUCAUACGUAAUAACAGUCUUUAUUUACCAUGCAAUAAAGGCGAAUUUCAUACGUACGAUUUACGGGUGGAAUGUACUUAAAAAAUGUUUUAGACUUGUGCAACGAAAUCGACAUAAUAUUAUGUGCAAUAUAUAUAUUUUUUUUAUUUAAAUUAUGUAUACUUUUUUUAUUUAUUCCUCAUUUGUACAUUCCUUGAACUUACUCUACUAUAGUAGGUAAACGCAUUUCUUUUAUUUAUAUUUAAUUAUUUACACAAGUAUAUUAAUUCAAUAGUACGUAAUAUUACUAUACAAGACAAUAAUAAUUACCUGACAUUAUAAUUGUUUAUUAUUAAUUUUAAAGAAAAGUUAUUCAAAAAUUAUUACUUAUUGUUAAAAUAAAUCAAUUUUUAUUAAAAUCAGUAUAGCCGUUUAGGAGUUAUAAAUGACGUAACUUGUUUUAUAUUUAGAUAUUUAAUAUUAUUAUUGUUUUAAUUAUAUUUUGAAGAUUAAUUACUUAUAUACAUAAAAGUUGUAAAAGAUCAAUCAAUGUCCAUGUAUUAUGUAUUGCUUUUUUUUUAAUUACGUAAUCAUUACAUGAUCAUGUGGAGGGACGUAUUGUUAAUUUAUAAGAAUUUUAAAUAUAAUAAAUUGUUGUAAUUUUAGUAAAUAAAGGUGCUUUUAAAGUUAAUGUAAAAUAAAUAUAAAAGUGAUAUUGA